AUGACACCCGGUGUAAUUGAAUUACUGGCAAGUACUUUGUGGCUAAAUUUACUCCUUCUGUUUACAUGUUCUUUUUAUGAGCCAAUUUAUAUUCCACGGAAGGCUGAUAAUCAUUGCAAAUGGUCGACUCGUGCUAUCUGUGAAUCUACCUGUGCUACCUGUGAAUCUACCAGUGCUAUCUGUGAAUCUACCCGUGCUAUCUGUAAAUCUACCCGUGCUAUCUGUGAAUCUACCCGUGCUAUCUGUGAAUCUACCCGUGCUAUCUGUGAAUCUACCCGUGCUAUCUGUGAAUCUACCCAGGCUAUCUGUAAAUCUACCCAGGCUAUCUGUGAAUCUACCCAUGCUAUCUGUGAAUCUACCCGUGCUAUCUGUGAAUCUACCCGUGCUAUCUGUAAAUCUACCCGUGAUAUCUGUGAAUCUACCAGUGCUAUCUGUGAAUCUACCCGUGCUAUCUGUGAAUCUACCCGUGCUAUCUGUGAAUCUACCCGUGCUAUCUGUGAAUCUACCCAGGCUAUCUGUAAAUCUACCCAGGCUAUCUGUGAAUCUACCCGUGCUAUCUGUGAAUCUACCCGUGCUAUCUGUGAAUCUACCCGUGCUAUCUGUGAAUCUACCCGUGCUAUCUGUAAAUCUACCCGUGAUAUCUGUGAAUCUACCAGUGCUAUCUGCGAAUCUACCCGUGCUAUCUGUGAAUCUACCCGUGCUAUCUGUGAAUCUACCUGUGCUAUCUGUGAAUCUACCCGUGCUAUCUGUGAAUCUACCCGUGCUAUCUGUAAAUCUACCCAUGCUAUCUGUAAAUCUACCCAUGCUAUCUGUGAAUCUACCCGUGCUAUCUGUGAAUCUACUCGUGCUAUCUGUAAAUCUACCUGUGCUAUCUGUGAAUCUACCCGUGAUAUCUGUGAAUCUACCUGUGAUAUCUGUAAAUCUACCCGUGCUAUCUGUAAAUCUACCUGUGCUAUCUGUGAAUCUACCCGUGCUAUCUGUGAAUCUACCUGUGCUAUAUGUGAAUCUAGCUAUGCUAUGUGA